AUGUCGCUCCCGUCCAACUCUUCAGUCGCGUCAAGCCUUGUGACAAUUGACGAAAAGUACGAGAUGAGUGGCCUGCGCAACGACGAUAUGCUGGUUCGCGACUUUGGUUGGCCCUCAGUCUCUCCACGCUACCACGGUGACCACACACCCGAGAGCAACCCAGACUGGGAUCACAAUCCGCUCGAAUGCGAAAAGGCGAAGCAAGAGGCUUUUGAGAGGAUGGAAAAAAGUUACGCUUUGUACAUGGCGAACCUAGGGAAAAAAGUGCCUGUGCAGAAGAAGAAGACUUCUUGGUCCAGGUUCCUACCUUGGGUGCGAUAG